AUGCUUGAAAUCGAGCACCCUCUAACUAUAGUUGGGGAUAUUCAUGGCCAACUGGAUGCCUUGAUAAGAUAUUUCGAUGCUGUUGGAUACCCUCCAAAAGUACAAUUUCUAUUUCUCGGUGACUACGUGGAUCGUGGUGCGAAGGCUCUGGAAGUGUCACUUCUUCUCUUCUGCUAUAAAGUUCGUCAUCCUCAUAUGCUACAUUUGUUACGUGGAAAUCAUGAAUGUAUGAAGAUGAAUCGAUUGUAUGGAUUUCAUGAAGAAGUGACAAGAAAGAGAGGAUCAACUAUGUGGCGACGUUAUCAGAAUGUGUUCAACGAGCUCCCAUUGUGUGCUCGUGUUGGACAACGAAUCCUCUGUAUGCACGGCGGAAUCCCCCAAAACUACAAAUCUUGGGACUCAUUCCGAGAGCUCAAAAAACCAAAAACACCGAAAAAGUGUGACGAAGGUCUUCAAGUCGAUUUGAUGUGGGCAGAUCCAACACAGGACAAAUGUAAUGUGUUUGCAAUGAAUAUGCAAAGAGCGAUUUCGGUGAUAUUUGGAGAGAAAGCGUUGACCGAUUUCAUGAAGAAACUGGGAUUGUCUUUGAUUGUGAGAGCUCAUGAAGUGUCACAAGAAGGUUUCAAUUUCAUGUUCGAUCGGAAAAUUGUCACAGUAUUCUCGGCUCCAUACUAUUGUGGAAACGAUACGAAUUGUGGAGCAAUCAUGCACGUCUCUCCUUCCUAUGAAAUCUCGUUCACUGUUCUCCGUCCUCGCAUGAUUCUUACUCCAGAAAACACUGACGUUGUCAGACAGAUGGAGAAUAACUAUAAGACAUUAAUGGCAUUGAGCCCUGAUCCAAAUCGUGGGCGUCACCUUCAACCUGUUCAGCCGGCACAGCUUGCUCAGCUUGCGAAAACUGGGCUGAAACUCGUUGAACCACCAAAGAAAUGA